AUGGCCUUCUCUUCGCCUCCCCCUACCUCGCCGUUCUACCUGCUCUCCUAUCCGGCUCCCGGCAUUCUCCUCGUAACACUGAACCGUCCCAAACAAAGAAAUGCGAUUACCUUCCAAGGGCACUGGGAUUUGAACGAUGUAUGGCAGUGGCUCGAUGCAGAGGGCUCUCUGCAAGUCGGAAUAAUCACCGGAGCCGGCGAUAAGGCGUUUUGUGCUGGCCAGGAUCUGCUGGAGGUAGAGAGGAACAGGCAAGACCCUUCAGAUGGGACUUUUUUGAAAGGCCAUCCGCCCUCAGGAUUCGCUGGAAUAAGCAAGAGGAAAGGGAAAAAACCGAUUAUUGCGGCUGUAAAUGGCUUUGCUUUCGGCGGUGGGUUUGAAAUAUGUUUAAACUGUGAUUUGGUCAUUGCAUCGCCUCGUGCCCAAUUCUCCCUGCCGGAAGCCAAGCGUGGUAUCUAUGCCGCGGCCGGCGGGCUACCUCGUAUCAUGCGCAUUGCUGGGUUGCAGAUUGCAUCUGAAAUCGCGCUUACAGGAAGAGCUUUCUCUGCAGAACAAGCUAAAAACUGGAUGCUGAUCAAUCGGAUUUCAAAGACACAUGAAUCGUUGCUCAAGGAGGCAGUGGAGUUUGCUCAGGAGCUUUCUCAAUUGAGCCCCGAUGCGCUACUUGUGACAAGAGCGGGAAUUAGGGAGGCCUGGGAAGUUGCUGCUAUUGAUGAUGCCACCGCGAAUACAAGAGAGAAGUAUGAUAUCGGCCUCUUUACUGGCGAGAAUAUGUUUGAAGCGGAUACAAAGCCUUCGUCUACGCACAAAGGCAGUAAUCUCAGUUCCUAUUUCAUAUUCGAUACCAAAACUCUAAGGCUUAUCAUGAAUUCUUCGCCUACAGCUGUUAAGCCCGCUUCCUUGGGAAGCAACAACCCUCAUAUUGACCAUCCAGCCUCAAUAGACAGGCCAGUUUUCUUCCCUGAAUGGUCUGUCUCAUCGGCCAGCGGUUAUCGUAUCUCAGAUCAUAUGGUCAAUGAGCCGUUUCCGGAACGAAAAGCAUUUAAAAUUAUCAUGAUGGGCGCGGGCGCUGCUGGAAUAGACUUCGUCCACCACGCUGCCAUCGCCUUUAGAGACGACCCAGACGUUGAAUUUGUCGUAUAUGAGAAAAAUCCCGACAUAGGAGGCACUUGGCUUGAAAAUCGCUAUCCGGGAUGUGCCUGUGAUAUCCCCAGCGCAAGCUACCAGUUUCAGUGGCGACCAAAUCCGGAGUGGACUAAGUACUACAGCCCAUCAGAGGAGAUUUGGGAGUAUUUCAAAAAGGUUGUGGAUGAGGAGGAUAUGAUGAGAUACAUACAGCUGCGGACCAGAGUAAUCCAUGCAGCUUGGAAAGAGGCGAAAUCUAAAUGGGUGAUUCACCUGGUGCAAAAAGACCGUGAAGGUAAUGUGACUAAGGAAUGGAAUGAGGAAUGCGAUGUCUUUUUGAGCGGCUCUGGAAUUCUCAACGCAUGGAGAUGGCCGGAUAUUCCAGGCCUGCACAGCUUCGGUGGUCGCCUUUUCCAUACCGCCCGGUACGACGAAGAAUACGAUCUCAGGGAAAAGCGCGUUGCCGUGAUUGGCUCGGGGAGCUCAGGCGUACAGACUGUUGCCGCCAUAUACAACGAUGUGUCAAAGCUGUAUACCUGGAUUCGAACGCCGACGUGGAUUACAGCGGGGUUUGGGCAGAAAUACGCUGGGCCUGAUGGCGCAAACUUCGCAUAUAGUGAAGAGCAAAAGACCAUUUGGAAGACUCACCCUGAAAAAUACCUUAGAUAUCGCAAGAUGAUCGAAGAUGAACUCAAUGGACGGUUUCGACUUGUAUUGAGGAAUAGUCAGGAGUCCGAAGAAGCCAAUACGUUUGCAUACAAUGAAAUGACAUCGAAACUUGGAGACAAUACUCAUCUGAAGUCUAAAAUCAUUCCACAAACUUUCAACGUCGGGUGUCGUCGACCAACUCCCGGAAAUGGAUAUCUCGAGGCUCUCGCUGGCUCAAAGACGACCUGUUAUACUGAAAAUAUUAAUGGGAUAACUCCUAAUGGCUUUCUCACUGCUGAUGGGGUGGAAGUUGAAGUGGACGUCAUCAUCUGUGCCACAGGUUUCGACACCACGUUUCGCCCACGAUUUCCAAUCAUUGGACUCGAUGGGAAACUACUUUCUGACCGCUGGAAAAAUGCAGCAGAAAGUUAUCUUUCUGUUUCGGUGCCAAAUUUCCCCAACUAUUUCAUGUACAGUGGCCCUUACAGCCCCGUGGCCCAGGGAUCAAUCUUGCAGCUUAUCUCCUUGUUUUCAAACCACUUCAUCCAGAUCAUUCAAAAAAUGAGGAAAGAACAUAUUCGCCGUCUCAGUCCCAAAGAGAAUGCUAUGAAAGACUUCAUGGAGCACGCAUCGCUGUACCUACAGCGUACGGCAUGGGCAGACCCAUGUAGCAGCUGGUUCAAACAAGGAAAGAAAGAUGGAAAUAUUGUCAUGUGGCCAGGCAGCCGCUUGUCGUUCUUCGAUCUUCUUCGAGAGCCUAAGUAUGAAGAUUAUGAGAUUGAGUACUGGAGCGGCAAUCGGUGGGGGUACUUGGGCAACGGUUUCAGCACAAUAGAGUUUGACGGGAGUGAUAUUAGUUAUUAUUUGAACUGCAAAUUGUUUCCUGAGCAAACGACUGCUUUGGCAGAUGUGGAAACGGGGCUUCUGCCGGACACCCCUGGGGCAUGUAAGUAG